AUGAAGACGCAGAGCGAGGGGGACAUGGACGAGCAGAUCCAGGAGCUCAAGACCAUCACUCGGCUCCAGGAGCAAUGCCGGGCGCUGCAGACCCAGGCCGUGAAGGAGAAGACCGCCAAAAACAAGGCGACGCAGGCGCUCCUGCGCAGCAACAUCCGUCAGGGGGCCCAAGACUGGGCUUUGGCAAAGAAGCGCUCUUCCUCCUGGGGUCUUGCUGCUGCGCUGUCACGGGCAGAAGCAGCCCUGGGAGAGUGCCUGGCGGGGCGGGCGGCAGGGAACGCAGAGACGCCCGCCAGCUCAGCUGCCGCUGCCCCACAGUACGACCAGCGGUCCAUCUCCAAGGCCUGCGGGAAGGACAUGCCCACGAGGCUGGCGCACUGCCGCUGCACCAUGGAGGUGGCGCGGGAGAAGCUGCGCAAGUACGUCUUCGACCGAGUGAACGCGCACAACGCGCUGAUCCAUCUGGCGCGGCGGCGCGGGCAGCAGCUGGAGAGCAUGCAGCUGGAGCUGGCCAGCCUGCAGAACCAGCCGACCGCCACCAAGGAGGAGCUGCGCCUGCUGCAGGUCAUCCGCCAGCUGGAGAACAACAUCGAAAAGACGAUGAUCAAGAUCACCACGAGCCAGAACAUCCACCUGCUGUACGUGGGCCUGCUGGACUAUCUGAAGAAAGAGCUGGCGGGAUACCCCACAGAGCUGGACAAGCUGCAGAGUCUCGUGGCCGAGUACUGCUCAGAACUGUCGGACAUGACUAUCAUGUCCCAGGACGCCAUGAUGAUCACGGACGAGGUCAAGAUGAACAUGAGACAGGGGGAGGCGACCUUCAUCGAGGAGCGCCGGGCGCGGGAGAACAGGCUGAACCAGCAGAAGAAGCUCAUCGACAAGGUCCACACCAAGGAGACCAGCGAGAAAUACCGCUGGGGCCGCAGAGACCUGGACUUCCCCUCCAAUCUCAUGGGAAUGGAGACCACGAAGGUGAAGAAACGGGAGGCCUCCGUGGCCAACGUUGAGUACCAGGCGAACACGACCACGCUGGUGGAGAAAAUCAAGACGGCUGUGCGGUGCUCCCACCUCUGGGACAUCACAGGCCAGUUCCUGGCUCAGCGGACCACGGAGGACAACCUGGAGCUGCAGAUGGAGGACUGCGAGGCCAGGCGGGCCCAGCUGGGGGCCCUGAUGAGGAGGCUGGAGACAGAGGAGGCGCUGCUCAAGUUCCGCCAGGCGCCCAGCUCCAACAGCUUUGAGUCCGUCCAGAGGAAAAUGAAGGACACGCUGAGGGAGGAGGAGGAGCGGCUGCAGCUGGCCCACACUAACAUGACCAAGAGCCAGAAGCUGCUGCUGACCAUCCAGACGGGCAUCGACAACCUGUAUAUCCGGCUCAUUGGCAUCAUCCUGCCCCCAGGCCAGAAAGAAGCGACGCUCUCGGACAACCUCGACGUGCACGGCAAGCUGGCGUACUGCGAGAGGAAGCUGCUGUACCUGGCCAACAGAGUGCGGACGCUGUCCAUGACUGAGGAGAUCAACACGAAGGUGAGGGACGCCCUGGAGUCCUCCACUCUGAAGGAGAAGCAGAACACCAGGAUCAGCUUUGAGGACCUGGAGGAGGACAUGAUAGAAACCUUCCACUUCGCGGACGUGGACCACAGCUACGUCCCCUCGCGGGCGGAGAUCAAGGGGCAGGCCCAGCGCGUGAUCGAUGGGAAACUCAAGGUGGCCAAGAAGAAGAAGUGACCCGGAGCGGGACCCUGCCUGUCCCCCGUCCCCAGGCAGCCGUUUUGUUACAGAAAUAAACAUUUUGCCAUAA